UCAAUUAGUUUCAACUACGUUAUAACUAGUUAAAAUACAAAUAUUGCUCGUUAAAAGUCAUUAUUCUCUAGAACAGAUUGAGUUCUCUAAUCAUGUGGAAGUUACUCGUAGUUCUGUUAGUGUAUAAAACAAAUGCCAAAUGCUAUUGGAACAAUAAAUGUCCGUAUAGACUGUUUGGCACAAAAACUCCAUAUGAAGCUGUGAGAGGAGAUGUAAGAGACAUACCCGCGUUGGAACAAUGUGAGCCAGUUAGCGUAUGGAUGAUGAUGCGGCACGGCACCAGGCACCCGGAGGUGGACGAGAUCACACAGAUGAAGGCCGUGGUGGAGCUGCGCACGGACAUACUGCAGGCGCAUGAGGAGGGGCGAGGAGAAAUGUGCGCUCAGGAUAUUCAAAAUCUCCGUAAAUGGACUUGGGAUAAAAACCUGGACGCUUCGCCAUCUGACCUAACCGUGGAAGGUAUGGAGGAGCUGCAGAGUAUCGGCAGCAGGUUCGGGGAAAAGUUCUCGAAUGUUCUGGAACACAUGCAGCAGUACAAAAUCAGGGCAUCCAUCGAAAUGAGAACGCAGAUGAGCGCGAAGGCGUUUGUCAAAGGAUUGCAGAGAAAUAACCAGACGUUAAACAUUUCUACCUCGUUUCCAAAUGAUUUGACGGCUAGACCCUACAGGUAUUGUAAAAGGAGAUUCUACGACAUACUGAUUGGAGAUAAAAUACCUGAAGAAACUGCGAAGUAUUUGCAGUCCCGAGACUUUUUAAAGGUACUAACAUCAGUACAAAAACGAACUGGUCUAACCAACGCUCUGAGUCCCAAAACGAUACUCCAGAUCUACGACUUGUGUCGCUUCUACCGAAGCUACUCUAUCCGCCUCUCUGAUGCCUGGUGCGCGCUCUUUAGUGACAGUGACCUGAAGGCACUCGAAUAUGUGGAAGAUGUUCAACAUUAUUAUAGAAACGGCCACGGCGAGCCCAUGAACGCGAAACUAGGCGCAUCCAGUCUCAAAGACCUCUACCAAAAGUUUGUCCAGGGGACACAGGGCAUCAAUUCUUUUUCCGGUUAUUUUUCCCACGACACAAUGCUGGGAAUGCUGUACGCAGCGCUCGGCAUCUACGCAGACACGCCGGUUAUCUCCGGCUUCGAAAGAGUCAAGAAAAGGCAAUGGCGAACAAGCUUCUUAACGCCUUAUGCUGCUAAUUUUGUAGCUGUUCUGAAUAGAUGCAACGAUUCCACCAGUAGCGUCUUCAAAGUACAAUUCUUAAUCAACGAGAUGGAACUGCACCUGUGUAACAAAAGGGCGUGCGAUUGGGAUGAGUUCGUCAAGCAAUUUGAGCCUUUCACCAGGAAUGAUCUGAGUUUUUGCAAUGAAACACGUUUAAUAAGUUAAUGUCACAUUUAUUAUUAAGAACUGUACAAAAGUUAUACAU